AUGAAUUCAAUUGAUAUUCAAUGCGAAGCCCAAGCUUGGCUUUAUGAGUUUAAGAAAUGGCAUGGGAAACAUAGCUGCAAAAAAGUCAGUACACCCCAAAAGUGGAGGAAACUUGCAGCAGGAUGGAUGAAGGUCAACUUUGAUGGGGCAUGGGACGAGAGGCAUGAUCAGGGUGGUAUUGGAUUGAUAGUUCGAGAUGUGAAUGGAAACUUUGUGGUUGCAAUGGCGCGGCACGUUGGAGGAAUCAAAUCCCUAACGCUAGUAGAGUCACUUCAACGGGAUUCAGCAGCAAACAUUGGUCAGUUUGGUCAUAUCUUUGAUGAUACCCGUCAGCUAAUGGAAAAUAUUCCUCAUAAGAAGGUUUCAUUUUGGAAUCGAGAGGCCAAUAAUGUUGCAUAUGAUAGAGUUGAUGAGAUUAUGAGUGCAUAA